AUGAAGCGCUUACGAGAGCCCGAAGACGGCACAGGCGUGGAUGCCCAAGAUCCGGAAGUGGAGCAGGGCUCUUCCCCGGCGGCGAAGCUCGUGGACCUCGACAGUGCUGUAUUGGACGAUGAGUCGACAGUCACCAUGAAGUGCUCCAUGCCCCCUCACAAAGACGUCCUGUCGUUCAGGACCUAUGAGGAGUACGAGACGCACUAUAACAAGGCACACUUGAAUAGAUGCCUGGAAUGUGACAAAAACAUGCCUUCGGAGCAUCUCCUGAAUGUACAUAUCGAGGAAUGUCACGACGCCUUUGUCGCUGUAAAACGGGACCGGGGCGAACAUACGUAUUCAUGCUUCGUCGAAGGCUGUGAGAGAAAAUGCAGGACCCCUCAGAAGCGGAGGCUCCAUCUUAUUGACAAGCACAUGUACCCAAAGAACUUCUUCUUCGCCCUAACUAGAGAAGGCAUCGACGGGAGAAGAUCCCUCCUCUUAGAAGGUGGCCAUCGUCGACGGAGAUCCUCGGCCAACUUUCAGCCAAAGGAUACUCGGCGAAGAGCGAGUCUUCAAGACGGUGGGGAGGCCAGCAGGGAUAAAGAAGAGCCCCUUUCCAAUGACAACAAGCAGCCGGCGAAGAAGUCCUCAAGCGAGGAAAACAAGUCGUCCCCGAAGGACCCCGACGAUGAGAUGGAGGAUCUUACUGGCGCGAUGUCUGCCUUACAGUUCGUGCCAACAAAUAUUCGGUUCGGGCGAGGGGGUGGUCGCGCAGGCUUCUCGAAGAGAUAG